GCUGCCACAGGGCACCCUGCAAACUUGCCCCACUCAUGUCCACAGUCUCCAGUGGGAGCUGUCACUGCACAGCCAGAUGCUGGCUGGGCAAGUACUUGCGUUCCUCUGCCUGACCUGGGGCACCCUCCAGAGCCUGGCCAUCCCCAGGAUUGAGGAAUGUGGCCUCUCCUGUUCUCAGGGCUUCGCCUGCAGGAGCCACAGGAACCGGAACAUUUUUAACAGCUUCUGCCAGCCACGCCCCGUGUCCAUGUCCAUGUCUGUCCUGGAGACCCUGACCCCCUCCACUGCCAUGCAGUGCAUCACCCCUAACGGCUGCUCACUGCUCCUGCGUGUAUGCGCCUCCAUCACCCUGCACGAGCGCCUGCGGGGCCUGGAGGCCUGCACCACAAGCCUGGACACCCAGGAGACGCAGUGUCAGAGCGUGUGGGUGGCCAGGGCCUCCCACCAGCAGCAGGUGGGGCAGCAGCUCCAGGUGCAUUUUGGCUGCUUUGAGGUGAGCGUGGCCCAGCACCUCUAUGUCACCCUGAGAACCAUCCCUCAUUUCUGCGGGGUCCAGCUGGACCAGAGGCACCUCGUGGAAGGCUGCGGAGAGGAGGACGUGGGGAGGAGCGUGCCCGACUGCCUCGCCGGGCGGCUCAGCUACCGGGUGGACCGGAGGCGCAAGGCGGUUCUGGUGCAGGUGCCCCGGGCCUCGGGAAGCCCCGCCUACUUCGUGCGGCUCUGCCUCAAGCUGUUCACCUGCAAGGACGCCGGCGCCCCGGCGCUAGUGAACGCGAGCAGCGUCUCCCGGACCGUCUCCCUGCCCUACAGCCAGGAGCUGCCAUGCCUGUGCCUGGAGGGCUGGCCUGCCACCCCUGACGCCGUGCGGACCCAGAUCUGCCCCUUUGAGAACGACACUCGGGCCCUGGAGAUGCUGUGGAACACAGUCCACUACCACCCCGGGAGCCAGACACUGAGCUGGGAGCCUGCCUGCCCUGUGAGUGGCCAAGUGAGCCUGUGCUGGUGCCCGGGGCCCGGGGACAGCUGCCAUAAGCUGCAGCACUCCAGCCAGCUAGCGCAUCACAGAGUGCAGUACCAGCUGGUGGACACCCAGCCCCAGCUCUGCCUGAAGUUCUCCACCAGCUGGGGGUCCUGGGUGCGGUGCCCUUUCAAACGGCGUCAGUUCCCAACCUGGAAGAUGACCAUCCAGCCUUCACCCAGGCAGGGCCACCUCCGGGCCACCUUCUUCUCGUCCAGCCCCGCCAACUUCCAGGUGCAACUGUGUCACAGGAGGAGGUCACAGCUCCCAGCCUGCCAACCCGCACUCCAGGCCAGCCCACUUCCUCCAGCCUCAGCUGACCUCGAAGCUGCCCCUGCCAUUGCCUUCCUGGACCUUCCCAAGCAGGAGGCCUGUGCCCCAGGCAUCUGCAUCCAGGGCUGGAGGACCGACGUGCACUUCUCUGUUCCACAGCAGUUCUGCAACCUCCACACCAGGGGGUGCCCAGCUUUCAGGGGCCGCAGGGGGCCGAAGACUGGACUCAGAUACUCCCGGCCUCCCUCAGUGGGCUGGGCGUGGCGUGCGCUGAACAGGAGACUGGGUGGGGGGGAUGGGGAGACCACCCAGCCCUGAGCCAGGCUUUUGCACCAAGCCAAGGCCUGCACCCACCACUGCCCUCCAGCCUCGAAGUUCCCUGUACCACACGCCACUGGCCUCCCGAACGCCCUCCCUGGCCUCACUCCAUCACUGGCCUGGCCGCCUCCUCCCUGAGGGUCCACCUCCCCUGAUCAGAGCUCUGAUUCCAAUUGCGAGCGACUUGAGAUGUCCCUCAGCACACCAGCCACUGAGGCCCAGGUUCCCAGGACCCAGGGCACAUCGGGACUGGACUCCGCCCAGUGGACAGAACUAAGCACGUGUGUCCUGGGUGUGGUCAGGAGCGUGGCUCUGCCUUGGAGUCCAGGAAGGGUCAGAGCUGGCACUCCCACCUGCCCCCCUCCCUGUGAGCUCCAGAGCUCCCCUAGCCUCAGGUGGGAUGAACUGCAAGAGCCACAGAGGUGGGAGGGGUGGGCGGGAGUGGAUAGGACAGCUGGGCACCCGGGGCCCCUGGAGACCCUUUCCAGGGAGCACCAGCAGGCCAGACAGGGGUCUCUGGAAUGUACCCUCAGCUCAGCGAGCCACGCCAUUUCAGGACAGCUUGCAGCCUGCUGCCCCAGGACGUGCCCAGGGCCAUGGCAGGACCCACACACUUUUAUCUCCUCCUCCCAGCAGGACUUUUUGGCCAAGCCUGGGUCCCCCUCCCCAGCAAAGAUCACCUCCAGCAGAUCACAGACCAAAGAGGUGGUGGCCCCCUGCUGGUCAAGUGUCCCUGGGGCUGGGCCAGCCACUGUGGAGUGCCCGUGCCACACUGGGAAGUCCACGGCCCCAGAGACCAGCCCUUGAGGCAGCAGAAGGGCUGGGCCUGACUUAAGUGGGGGAAUGUUGGCAGACCUGAGGGGCACACAUGCUGCUCUCGGGGUUGGGGUGGAUCCCUCCUUCACUUGUCUGCUGAGGGUCCCUACAGCCAGGAGGCUGACAUCCACAGCCACUGCCCUCCAGGACUGGGCAGCCCCUCCCCUUCCCCCACAUUGUCUCAGCCUCCCACAGUGUGGGCAGGGCUGGGGGGUGCCCCACAUCUCUCUCCAGCUGCACCCACCCCCCUGGGACCACAGCCUGAGGCCAGGAACCUCCUCACGAACAAGUAGGUGCCAGCGCCACACUGCUGGGGGGCAGGAGGCCAAGGCGCAGCCCCCGACAGCUGAGCCAGGCCCCGUCAGAGUGCAGGUGAUCUCACCUGACCGUGGGGCCCAGGCACCUGCUGGCUCUCCUGGGGCUGCAGCUCACAGGGGCUCCAGGUCACAUAGAAGACCUUCAGCCCUUUCCUGAGUCCCAUGGGAACAGCAGGACGUGGGUGGGCUGCCCCUUCCCCAGAUGGCCAAGGUGCUGGCCCUGCCAUGCUGGACCCCAGCCUCCCUCUCAGAAAACUCAUGGUCAUGGCCACAGUCCCUGGCCCUGAAAUCAAGGUCCUGGAGGCCUGGCAGCUGCCCAGAGCCUCCCGGUGCUCCAGGGUGCAGGAUGCAACCCCCCUUCCUGUAGCUGACCAGGCUCAAGGUGGUCAACGUGGAUAACCCCCAACACGGGCACCAAGGAAGGAGAGCUGUGCCUGAAGACAUCUUAGUUUAUAGUGUUA